AUGAUGCGACUUCUGGGCGUUUUCGUGGCUGUGGCGGGUGUGGCAGCACAAGGUGAUGAAGAUUUACGGUGUCGAAGCUUUGGAGCGUGGCUUGCCUACCUUCAGAAUUGCGUCAGAGUAGGAGCUUCAACUGCCAAGGGUAUGCUUCAGGAGCAGCAGGAGCUUUUCUCGGCCCAGACCAAUGAAUACCGGCAUCUUGCCGAGGUAACGCCGAGCAUCCACGGAAUGUACAGCAACUACACUCGUGCCUACACUGACAUGGAGGCGGUCAAGAGCAACUUGGACCACAUCUGGCUCAUCAUCUGUGGAGCCAUGGUGAUGUUCAUGCAAGCCGGCUUCGCGAUGGUGGAGUCAGGCUGCUGCCGUGCCAAGAACGUGCAAAACAUCCUGCUGAAGAACCUGACCGAUGUUUGCAUCGGCACCAUCGGCUGGUGGAUCUCGGGCUGGGCCUUCGCCUAUGGCGGGCCAAUGAAUGCUGACGGCUUUUUGGACAAUGGCUUCAUCGGAACCGACCAGUUCUUCGGCAUUGGCUUUGUCAACUAUGCCGGGGAUGGAAAGUUCGAGCCCACCACGGGCAUGCUCAAUUGGUUCUUUCAGUGGGCCUUCUGCUCGGCAGCCUCCACCAUUGUGAGCGGCGGUGUGGCCGAGCGGGUUAACUUCGGUGGUUACUGUCUCUACUCCUUUCUGAUGACUGCCUUUGUGUACCCGGUCAUUGUCGCAUGGACCUGGGGGUACGGAUGGCUUGCAUCGAUCAACAGCGUGGGCUUCAUGGAUUUUGCCGGCAGCGGAGUUGUGCACAUGACUGGAGGUGUCGGUGCAUUGAUGGGGGCCAUCAUUGCGGGGCCACGCACGGGCCGCUUCACGAAUCCAGAUGAGUUUGCACCCCACAGUCUUCCCCUCAUCACCCUGGGCACCUUCAUCCUGUGGUUCGGCUGGUAUGGAUUCAACUGCGGCUCCACAUUGGGCAUGAGCGGUGUUUCCUCGGGCUUCAUGGCUGCGCAGGUUGCCAUGAACACCACCAUCGCUGCCGCCACCGGUGGACUUGUUGUCUUCCUGCUGCGCCUGGGAAUGACUCGUGGUAAGUACGACAUCGGCGGCUUUUGCAACGGCAUCCUCGCAGGGUUGGUCUCGAUCACAGCUCCAUGUGGCAACGUGGAGUGCGGCAGUGCAUUCGGCAUUGCCAUUAUUGGUGGCUUGGUCUAUCAAGGUGCUUCCUCUCUGUUGAAGUUGGUGAAGGUUGACGACCCCAUCGAUGCCUUUGCGGUGCAUGGUGCCUGCGGCGCAUGGGGCGUUAUCGCGGCGGCGCUCUUCGAUUGGGGCGAGGGCGUCGACUUUCAUCACGGCUGGAGUGGCUUCGGAUGUGUUGCGGGCGACACCGGCUGCCUGUCGGGUGCCAACGGAGACGGCUUCGCAGCGAACCUUCUGGAGGUCAUCAUGAUCACGCUCUGGUCCGGCUUCUGGACGGCCCUGAUCUUCCUUCCGCUCCGUUUCAGCGGUUUCCUCCGGGUGCCGGACGAGGACCAAGACGCAGGCCUGGACGCCGUGAAGCACUCUCCGGCCAAAGCCUACAGCAUCGAAAUCAACACAGGGGUCACGGCUGGAGUCGCUCUCGAGAAGGUUGCACCGUCGCCCGAAAAGCCCGCCAUGACUGGCAACGAGGCAAGCCCCGCGCCGCCUGCAACGGAGGCCUAA